AUAUACUGUAUGAUUGGAGUUUCCAAAAUCGUCUUACUUUGCUCUCUGGUUCUCAAGUCCUUAAGCUUCUCUCUCUCUCUCUGUUUCUCUCUCUCUCUCUCAGAGAGAAGUCUGAAUAUGGAGAUAGUAGUAUACAAGUACUCUCCUGCAAUUGCAUGUGCGAUUAUUGGUGUUGUGACCUUAGCAUGGGCAUCAUGGUCUGUAUUCAAUUGGGUAUGGUUAAGACCGAAGAAGCUGGAAAGGUAUCUCCGAAAUCAAGGUCUCACCGGUAACUCUUACAAGUUGUUAUUCGGAGACAUGAAAGAGAGCUCUGCCAUGUCUAGAGAAGCUAAAUCCACUCCCAUCAAAAUCUCCGAUGAUAUUGUCCCUCGCGUCUUACCCUUCGUUCAUCAAUACAUCUCCAAUUACGGAAAGAAUUCUUUUAUGUGGCUUGGACCAAAACCGAGGGUUAACAUCAUGGACCCUGAACUCAUAAAGGAGAUUUUGUCAAAGAAUUUCAACUUUCAAAAGGUCAAGACAAAUCCACUAUCCAGGUUGUUAGCCAAUGGACUAGCUAGCCAAGAUGGUGAGCAAUGGACUAAACACAGGAAAAUCAUCAACCCGGCUUUUCAUAUGGAGAAGUUGAAGCAUAUGCUACCUGCAUUUUAUUUGAGCUGCAGCGAGAUGAUAAGUGAAUGGGAGAACAAUAUUGUCUCAGCAGAAGGGUCAUGUGAGUUGGAUGUGUGGCCUUCUCUUCAAACUUUGUCUAGCGAUGUGAUCUCUCGCACGGCAUUUGGUAGUAACUAUGAAGAGGGAAGAAGGAUAUUCCAACUUCAGAGAGUACAAGCUGAGCUUCUAAUCCAGGCUUUGAGUACAGUUUACAUCCCAGGCUGGAGGUUUUUGCCAACUGAGAGGAACAAGAAGAUGAAAGAAAUCGAUAAAGAAGUACAAGCAUCACUAAAGGUUAUCAUCAAUAAAAGACUGAAGGCAAUGAAGGAAGGAGAAACUAAUAAUGAUGACUUACUGGGUAUAUUAUUGGAAUCCAAUCUCAAGGAAAUUGAACAGCAUGGGAAUAACAAGAAAGUUGGAAUGAGUAUUAAAGAAGUCAUUGAAGAAUGCAAGCUAUUCUACAUUGCUGGGCAAGAGACUACCUCAGUUUUGCUUGUGUGGACAAUGGUUUUAUUAAGUAGGCAUCAAAAUUGGCAACAACAUGCAAGGGAAGAGGUAUUGGAAGUAUUUGGGAAUGACAAGCCCAACUUUGAUAACUUAAAUCACCUCAAAAUUGUGACUAUGAUUUUGUAUGAAGUUCUACGGUUAUACCCACCAGUAAUUAUGCUUAAUCGAAUUGUCCAUGAAGAUACAAAAUUAGGAGGAAUCACCAUCCCGAGUGGAGUGCUACUUUCUUUACCAAUAAUGCUACUUCAUUAUGACACUGAAAUUUGGGGUGAUGAUGCAAAGGAGUUCAAGCCAGAGAGGUUUUCAGAAGGAGUGUCGAAGGCAGCGAAGAACCAAGUUUCGUUUUUCCCAUUCAGUUGGGGACCUCGGGUAUGUGUUGGACAAAGCUUUGCAAUGUUAGAAGCCAAGAUGGCCGUGGCUAUGAUUCUACAACGAUUCUCUUUCGAGCUUUCACCAUCCUAUACUCACGCUCCAUACCCUAUUGUAACUCUUCAACCCCAAUAUGGUGCUCACUUGAUUCUACAGAAACUUUAGAUAUUUCUGUCUAUUUGGGGUUUAAAAUUUCAUGAACUAUAAGGCAUGUACUUUUGAUUUUUAUCAUCUUAUAAUUUUCUCUUUUAUUUUAUAUGAGUGGAUAAGGUUUUAAGAACUAAUUAGUCAGUUUUUGUCAUUAUGAGUUUAAACCAUAGUUAAGUCUGGUCAUGUAAACUCUUGUUAAUCUCUAUGGCUGAUAUGUUAUAUAUUUGUAAGACAUUAUAUGAAAGAGAGUUGAACGGUGCUAUAUAGUAGUAUAUAGACAAACAAACAAAAUUUGUGAA